UUAUCUUCAUGUUCUGCUGGUAGUUUUGGUUGUGAAUUGAGUCAUCAACAUCAAGAUCAAUGGAAAAGCAAUAUGAAAAGAAGAUCACAUGGACGAUUAAGAAUUUCUCCUCUUUGCAAUCUGAGAAAAUUUAUUCUGAUCCAUUCGUAGUUGGUGACUCCAAAUGGCGUCUUACUGCCUAUCCCAACGGAAAUGGUGAUAGUAUUAACAAAUGUUUGUCUCUGUUUUUGAGUAUUGCUGAUUCUGAAUCUUUGCCUUCUGGUUGGAAAAGACACGCAAAAUAUCGCCUAACUGUUGAUAAUCAAAUUUCUGAGAAGCUCUCCAAACAGGGAGUAGGACAAGACAUGUUUGAUCACAAGUCUCCCAGCUGGGGACUCGGAGCAAUCCUUCCCCUUACCAAACUUGUUUACAACAGUGAUGGGUUUUUGGUGAAUGGAGAAGUCAAGAUUGUAGCCGAGGUUGGCGUUCUUGAAGUUGUUGGCAAAUCAGAUGUGUUAGAGGAAACUUUAUUAGUAAAUGAAAGCGUCGAAUGCAAUGGGUUUCAAGUUCUUCCUUCACAGGUAGAAUCUGUGAACAGUCUGUUUGAAGAGCACCCAGACAUUGCAUCAAAAAUCAGUGUGGAGAACCCACGUCUGAGAACAACAUACUUGAAUAGCCUGCUAACCUUGUCUGAGAUUCUGUGCCAAUCCCCUCAGAAACUCUCCAAUAAUGAUCUGGCCAACGCACAUUCAACACUAUCUUAUUUGACAAAAACGGGGUUUAAGUUGGAUUGGUUGGAGAAGAAACUAAAAGAGGCAGGUGAGACUCGGCUGCAACAACUUGAGGAAGAAUUGAAGGACUUUAAGCAAAAGUUUUCUUAAGGAUGAUGUCUUUUGAUGAGUUGAGUUGUUAUUGGCAGU